AUGCUAGAGAUAUUGGAGAGCUUGGAACUGGUCUUGGCAAACACCGGAUUCAUGAAGAGAGAUGAGCAUCUAACAACAUACCGAAGUGGAGAUAGCAGUUCCCAGACCGACUUCCUAGUGGUGAGGAAGAGAACCCGUAAAAACGUGAGAGAUGCAAAAGUGAUUCCCGGAGAGGCUGUUGCUCACCAAGAACGAAUGGGAAGAGCUAACAGAACUACCAGCAGUGGAAGGUCCGAAACAGCAAGUAAGCCUGCAGGCACAUCGGAGGUGGCGGUAGAGAUGUUGGAUGCCUUGGGGAGUGAAGGUGUGAUGUGGACCCAUGACAUCUUAAAAAAGAUUUGGAAUGGAGAGAACAUCCUAGAAGAUUGGAGGACAAGUAUACUAGUGCCAGUGUAG